AUGGCUGUUUCCACAGAACUGUUUGCGAAGUACACAUGCACCAACUGCCAGGAAGAUAUUUCCGGGAUUCGCGUGCACUGCGUCGUGUGCACCGAUUUUGAGCUGUGUCUGGCGUGCUUUGCCGCUGGAGCCGAAAUCGGUCCACAUCGCAAUGAUCAUUCGUAUCAGUUCAUGGACUCCGGGAUCCUGUCGAUUUUCCGCGGCAAAGGAGGCUGGUCGGGACGGGAGGAGUUACAUCUGCUGGACGCAAUCGAGCAGUAUGGCUUCGGCAACUGGGAGGACAUUAGCAAACAUAUCGAAUCGCGCCUCCCAGAAGAGGCCAAGGAGGAGUAUGUAUCGAAGUUUCUCAACGGAACCAUCGGCCGGCACACGUGGCAGACGGCGGUCGAUCAACGACCCAUCCUGACCGAUCACACGACGGACGAUACUGGUCCGCUGAGCCAGCUGUUGAUACAGAAACUGCCUCCGAUGGAUUGCACGCCUGAAGAGGCGGCCGCGCUGGGAUACAUGCCGAAUCGGGAUGAUUUUGAGCGAGAAUAUGACCCAACGGCAGAGCAGCUUGUUUCGACACUUUCGUUGCAGCCGGACGACGAGGAUGUCGAUAUGCUGUUGAAGCUGGCGCAGGUCGACUUCUACACCAGAAGACUGCGUGAACGUGCCAGAAGGAAACGCGUUGUGCGGGAUUAUCAGCUGAUUGCUAAUUUCUUUCGUGGCAAUAUAAAACGUGCUCGGCAAAACCGCGAUCAGCGUGAAUUCCGGGAAAGACUACGAACGUACUCACAGUUUUACACGUCGCUGGAGUUCGAACGGCUGAUCUCUUCGCUCGAGCGAGAACGAGCGCUAAGGAUUCGGUUGUCCGAACUGAAUCGCUACCGGUGGAACGGUAUUCAGCGUAUCGACGAAUGUAUCCACUUUGAGCAGCAUGUGGCAGCGGCUCAGUACCGCAAUACGGGACCGUAUGGACACGGUCGAACUGACAACCGAAACAAAGGCGUCUCUGGAGAGACCGGCAGAGGGGCAUCCUUGGUCCCGGCGGCCAGCACCAGCGCAAUGGGCCCAACGGUGCCGGCAACCUCGGUUCCCUCGGCGGCAGCGGCACCGGCGGCAAUGGGACAGGCGAUGGCAGCACAGCCGCACGGACUGCCGAUGGCAAGAAGAAGCGAAAGCGACGCCCGAAGCUCAAGUUCCACCGACCGAAGGCCCAUGCACCACACCGACGACCGGGUUUGCUCCGAAGACUUAUACAGCAGCAAAAAUUGCUCGGAUAGCUUACAGCGGGAAGCGGCGACGACCCCCGGCAGCCAACCUCAUCAACAGCACCAGGUGCUGGCGGCGGUGGGCGGCCAGAAACUUCUGCAGCCCCAGCACCCGUCGAGCGGCGGCGCCGCGGCCGGAAGCCUGGCAGCCGAUCCGGCACAGCAGCCCGGGGGUCAGCUGCUAACGAUUAACGAAAUUCAACUGUGCAGUUCGCUCAACAUGCCCGUAACUAGAUAUCUUACGCUCAAGACGGUGCUGCUCAGCCGGCCGGCACUGGAUCACAGCAUCCACUCGGUGGCCGAGAACAUCGUGAAGAAAUACCUGGUCAGUAGCGGUUGGCUACAGACCAGUCCACAAAACUAAGCCCUCCUCCAUCCCCGCACAUGUUUUCUGGACGUUUUGGGUAUUUGUGCGUUGCUGCCUACACCAGCUAAAUAUCAGCCUCAGACGAAAUGCAAAUCGUCAGUUAUUGUUGAUCUCAUGCACAAUUAUACUAGGGAAGCGCACAAAUCGUGACCGUCACUCUUCUGCACCCUUGCGCAGAGGAAUUCAAAUUGAUAUUACUGGUGGUUUAAAUUCAGCAAAAUACAGAGAAAAUUGUAUCAUUUUAAAACACGGAGCUCGCUCACACAGCCACACGUUAUUCUUAUGUGUAGGUAAAGACAAAGUAAGCUUUAGUGGGAAUCGUACCCCUUCAAGCGCGUGAUAGUAUAAGAUAAUGAUAAUUUUACUCGUAUCAAUGGUUUCUAGUGCGAAAAACAGAAGCGCCAUACCAAGACACAGUUUUAAUAGCUGGAUCAUGCAUGUUGGUUAAAAUUUGUACAUAAUGUAAGCGGUAGCAUUAGAUUAAGGUUCAUUUAGUAAAGAUAAUCAUAUUUAACAAUAAUAAACAAGUUCUU